AUAUACCUUUGUUAACAUCCAUUAAUUUAUUUUACACAUUUGAAAAUAUAGAACAACAUAAUAAAUAGUAAAAAUGGCUGAACAAGUAAAUCAACGCAUAGAAAAUAUGAUAAAUGAGUUAGAACAAAUGCGGCGGACUAACUUAUUUAACGAUGAAGAAAUAAGAGAAAUAUCUCGAAAACGUAAGGAGUUUGAAUAUAGGAUUCAACGGAGAGUCAAAUCUAAGGAUGAUUUCAUAAACUACAUUGCUUAUGAGCUGAUUUUGAUGGAAAAUAUUUCGCUUCGAAGAAAAAAGAAUAAAAUGACUGAAAAAAGGAAUGAUAUUGAGUAUGCUAUAGCAAAACGCAUGAAUAAAGUCUUCAAACAGUUCAUAUACAGAUUUCAGAAUGAUAUUGAGAUAUAUUUUGAAUAUAUUAAGUUUUGUAGGAGUGUUGGUUUUGAACAUUCUAUAUCUGGUAUUAUUGGGCAGAUGCUUCAGAUUCAUGGAGAUAAACCAAAAACAUGGCUAUUGGCCAGUAAAUGGGAGAGAUUAGAGCAGAAAAAUUUGAGUGUAGCUAAGCAGUUCCUGCUUAAGGGGAUACACAGGCACCCAGAGUCUGAAGCACUGUACUUGGAACUUUUUGAAACAGAACUUACACUGCUAUACCAAGUGGAAACAGAUGAAGAGAGGGAAAAACAAAUCAAAAUAGCUGAUGUAGUGUGGAAAAAUGGUAUCAAGAACAUCACUAAUGUGAAAUUUCUGUUUGAACUUUGUGAUUUGUGCCUUAAAUAUGAAACAGAUAAAUUGUUAACUGAUAAUAUAAAGACGGAAAUAUGGUCUAAACUUGAUCAGAAGGAAGUUUGGUCAUAUAUAGCAUCAAAAGAAUUAGAAGGUUGUCACUGGGAGGAAUGUGAGGAGUUUGUAAAUUCAGAAUAUAAUUACUCCCAAGAAAUUAAUAUUUUCAUGGGAGUGUACGAAGAGGCUUUACAACGGUUUCCAGAUGAGAAGUUGUGUUCAAGAUAUAUCCAGGAUCUGCUUGGUGUAAAUGAAAGAAUUUGCAGUGAUUACCAGAAAAUUAGUGCUGUGAAAAAAGCUUGGUUAUUUGCACAUGAAAAUGGACUUCUUACAAAUGAUUUGUAUGCUUUUGGUAUUGCAUUUCUGAAAUUAGAUGAUAAAAUAUCAACUGUUGAUCUAUUGGAGAUUUUGGAUAAUGCAUCGAAGAAAAAUCCACAAGCCAGGUGUGUAUGGGAAGAGAAACUCUUAUUAAGUAAGCCAGAUGAAAAGAAAAUGUUAAUAAUAGCACAGGAAGCAAGUAAAGUAUUGAAUACCAAUAAUGCAUUGCAUGUAUGGAAUGUUCUGUUAGAUAAUGUGGAAUCAAAUGAUAUGCUUAAAAAUUUGCAUAAGAAAUUUCAGAAUUGUGAAAGUAUUGUAAUAUUAACAAUAAAACCAAAACUCCUUCAGAAAAUGUAUGACUAUAAUGGAUUGAAAGCUACAAGAGAUCUGUAUGAUGAAUUAAUUAAGACUCCUCCUCUUCAACCAGAAGUACACAAGGUUAUGAUAGAAAUAGAAAAGCUACAAGAUAAACAAAACAUGAAGAAUAUAAGGAGAUGUUAUGAAAUGUUAAUACAACACCAUGGUACGGAUAAUGUGGAUCUCUGGAUGGAAUACAUGAAAUUUGAAUCUGAACAGGGAAAUGUUCAAGCAGCACCCAAUAUCUAUAGAAGAGCUAUUGGUUCACUUAAAAAAGAAUUAGUAGACAACUUUAUUAAAGCUCAAACUUUGGCAAAAUUAAAAUAACAUGCUAAUGUAAUAA